AUGCUGUCGACGGAGGAGCUUGCGACGCUGACACUCAAGUCACCGUUUGUGUACGAGUACGGGGACGCACCGUACUUCAAGCGAUGCCUCAACGAGUUUCCGCUGCAUUUUUUCGUGCGGUACCGCGCGAGCAAAGAUGACCCCUCGCAGCACCGCUGGUCUCGUCUGCUGGAGGUGGUGGACCGCCACCCCCCGCAUGCCAACGCCGCCUCCACGUCAACCACCACGGCGACGACGCCGGUGGCUCCGCUGCGGUGGAGGGAGAAGUUUUUUUUAAUUGCGUUGCGCGUGGAGGGGGAGGAGAAGUGUGUGGAGCUCCCGCGUCUCUCCAGCAAGCUGCCGACGGCGGAGGAGGUGAUGGAGUACUGCGCACGGCGUGCGGAGUCGCAGCUACGGGAGGGGUACCGUCGUGAAAAGGAGGCGGACGUCGACGACGAUGUAGCGGGGGUCACAGCGAGAGCGCAGCUGCCCACCGCGAAGGAAAUUGUGGAAAUGCAGAGCUUUCGACGGGCGCACAUCGUCAACCAUCGCUGGAUGCCAGAGGAGGUGGAGGCGAUGCGAGAGCAGAAUGAACGCAUGGGCCGUGUGGGUGCCUGCAGCGCCCCGAUUAGGCUUACUGUGACGUCGCUGCAUAACAUGCGGCUAGAGACCGAGCUUGGCAUCGCGUCCAGCCGGCAUGUGACGGGACACACCGCCACCGCUAUGGAGCGGCGCAGUUCACCGCAGUUGAGUUUUUGUGGCCGCACCAACUCCCCAGCCACACCUCAAAGCCAAACACAGUCGCAGGAAUUUAGUGGCAGUGGAGCAUCGCUUGCCGACCUCACUGCCGCACCGUUUUCUGGCACACCACUUGAAUCCUCACCGCUGCUUUCGCAGGAGGUGCUGCAACGCUGGGAAGAGAGUAAGCGAGACGCCGAGAGCUUCUACGCCUACGUGAGUGACGACAAUAGGAGUGCGUACUUGACAAAGAUUGCACAGAUUACGUUAAAGAAUUACGAGCGGAACAAGCGUGAUCGACUGCGUGGGAUUGCCAAUGAAAAACGUCUUGAUCGCAAAGGUAAUUUGUUGGAGUCUGGUGGGUUAUGGAUCGUUGACGACCAGGUGCGUGCCCAGCUGGCCCGCAGGUAUCAGAUUGAGCAGGAUGGUGAAACGGUCACUGUUGGUGGCGGAGAGGCGGAGAAGAAUGCGACGGAGGCAUCUGCCAAUGACACGGCAACGCGAGAGACGGCUCAACCACCGCUGACUGAGGAAGAUAGGAUGGUGCAGCGAUUCAUGGCUUGGCGCAAGAAUGAAGAACUCUCCUUUGUGUCUGUGCCGGAUGAGUUUAUGUCGUUCGCCGACGAGAACGCCGUGGAGGAUAACACUGUGGAGGCGCAGCGACCGCCUGCCUCCACGCGAUCGCCAGAGCUGUUGCUGAUGGACAGAAGCCCACGAUUGGUGGCCUCCCAGCUGCUGCACAGGACUGCCAGCAGCAUGCUGAAGCGGCCAUCAUCCUUUCACGUCUCCCUCGCCCACUCGCAGAACAGCUUUAAGGGUCAGGGGAGUGAGCCACCGAAGAAGGUUGCGCGUCGUGCGUAA